CUCCCUCACUGCAGUAACAUGGCUCAGACAGAGAUCGUUCUAAACAGAGUCAUAGAAAGUCAGCUCCGAACAAAUAUUGUGCUCUGUGAUGUUCAAUAUACUGCAAACAAUUAGUUUGUCAUUAAUACGAUGGUGCAUGUAGUAAGUUCUAUAAUACUCUGGAUAAAUGCCUUCAACUUUAAAACUUCUACCUUCAUCUAUUCUUGCUUCAUCCUUGAAGGUUUUAGUGCUUCUGAACGCUGGGUCUUUAGGGUCGUACAAACAGUUAUUGGUUAUCUCGUUCAUAAAAUAUGUCUUAGUUUUAACUUCACUAAACCUGCCAUAAUGUAACUUCUGAUAAAGAUCCAAAACUUCUUGAUAUCAAAUACAUCUAUGCAAAGAUACAGUGUAUUUGUGAGCUCUUUCUGACUCUUUUGUGGUGUUUAGAACGGAUUCACCAAAGAAGUCGGUGUAGGGUCUGGAGUUAUCACCAUCAAUAGAAAUCUACUACUCUUCUCCAGUCUCAAUGUAUCCUAUAUCUCUAAAUUCAUUAGGCUAAGAUUUCUCAUAUUUUUGUGAUAUCCUUUGGGCGGGGUCAUCAGUUCUAUAUCAAUUAUUAAGUUAGAAAUUUAUCAGUUAUCUUAGUAAACAAGGUUAUGCUUUAUUUUUAGCCUUUAGACUUUAACUAGAGACUAAGAAAGAAAGUUGUUUUUAUGAUGCCACACAGUAUUGUAAAAUAUUUAGAAGUAAAUAUCUUAAGUUUAUGUAUCCUGGUCUUUUCUUUAGCCAAUUCCUCUGAAAAAUAGCAUGGUUUAGUUACCUUGUUUAGGCUUAGGAACUACUACUCCAGCUUUGAGUUCAAGUUCUCCCCUCUCCGUUGGGAUAUUGGUUGAAUCUUUUCAUGUGUUUCUUUUGUUGUUUUUAGAUUUUGAACCCCAAACUGCGGAGCCUAGUGGUGUAAAAAGGCAUCAUGAUUUGAUGGGAUCAGGCCUAAACAUGUUCCUAGCACUGGUUUUGAUCCAGUCGAGAUCAAGUAGUAUUUCGUAAUCAUCAGUUCUGAGCUUAAUUGUAGUUACACUGUCGCAUACAUCUCCUCC